AUGUAUCCCGCUGGACCGGCUGGGGCAGACCAGCUGAAGGAGUUUGAGGGGCGGCUGGCCGCCACACCGGGCAACAGGGAGGCGCGGGAGGGGGCUGCCGUGCUGCAUGCUGAGCUGGGGCAGUAUGGACAGGCGGCUCAAGACCAACUGAAGGAGUUUGAGGGGCGGCUGGCGGCCACACCAGACAACCGGGAGGCACUGGAGGGAGCUGCAGUGCUGCAUGCGGAGCUGGGGCAGUAUGGGCAGGCGGCUCAACGCCUGGAGCAGCUCAGCCAGGUCGCCCCGGAGGAUCCCGAGGUGCAGCGCCUUCUGGGGGAGGUGCGAUUUGAGCUGGGCGAGUAUGGUGCCAGUGCUGCGGCUUACAGGCGAGCAAUCAAGAUAUCGCCUGUGGAGUCUCUGGAGGUGCUGCAGGGGCUGACAGGCGCUCUGCUGGCUGACAACAAGCCGCAGCAGGCAGUGGACGAGCUGCUGGCAGCGCGGCAGCGGGUGGAAGCAGCAGCAGGGAAGGAGGCGGAGGAGCAGGAGGGGGUGGCGGAUGAGGUGCAGGUGGCGCUGCUGCUGGGGAAGGCGUAUGCGGCGUGGGGGCGGCCGGGGGAUGCGGCUGCGGUGUACGACGGGCUCAUUGCCUCCCGCGCGGACGACUUCCGAGGCUACCUGGCCAAGGUCUGCAGCAACAUCAAGGAUGCCGCUGCGGUGUACGAUGGGCUCAUCGCCUCACGCCCGGACGACUUCCGAGGCUACCUUGCCAAGGGCUUGUUUCUCAAGGAUAAUGGCAACCAAGCGGAGGCUGACAGAAUGUUUCUUCAGGCGAGAUACCUGGCACCAGACCAGGUGAAGGUGCUGGUGGAUCGGCUGGCAAAAAGAUGA